UCCAAGGUCUGAAAAUUCUUAAUAAAAUAAAAAACGUCAAAUCAAAUCGGUUCGAGUAAUCGUUUUGUUCUGUGUUAUUUUAAUAUAGUAUUAUGAAAAAAGAGUGAAUAUCAAAAUGAAUCAAACAAUAAACGUGGAACAACUGAAUUCUGCACUAACCUCUCUUAGAACCCUCCGAUUAAGCGUAAGCCAUGUCUUCGAAACGCUCGCAAACGGUCUCCGCGCCGAUCACGGAGAAGACGGUAAAGAAAAGUUCCUUCUAGAACUACAAGAGCUUCUAUCCAAUGUUAAUAUCAACCUGCGAGAUUUAGAACAGACCGUCACCGGCUUACCAAUACCUACUGCUCCAUUUAACUUGGGGAACACGACAUAUUUAAGCCAGGAAACAACUCAAGAGAGACAAGGAUUGUACACACAAUUAGUAAACAGUUAUAAGUGGACAGACAAAAUACAUGAAUACAGUUCAUUCGCGCACACAUUACUCAGCCAAAACUCUUUGAAACGCUCGUACAUUAACUCUGGAAGUACGAAAAGGCGGGGAAAGCUACAGAGUAAUCACAACGUAGCUCCGUUACAGGUAGAUAAUGUUAUUAACAACAUUGAUAGAUCUUACAAUGACAUGAAAAUCAAUAUUUCGCGGCCAUAUGCUAGCAAUGCAGUUGUACAGAUCAAUCUGAGCCAUGUGUUGAAGGCUGUGGUCGCUUUUAAGGGUUUGUUGAUGGAAUGGGUUAUGGUGAGAGGUUAUAAUGAAUCGCUAGAACUGUGGGCCGAAUCACGGCAUCAUGUCUUCAGGAAAGUCACUGAGAAUGCUCAUGCAGCAAUGUUGCAUUUCUAUUCACCGACAUUGCCAGAGUUGGCUGUGCGUUCCUUCAUGACAUGGCUACACAGUUAUGUGAAUUUGUUCAGUGAGCCAUGCAAGCGAUGUGGAUGCCACCUCCACCACACAUCCCUGUUGCCUCCUGCGUGGCGAGAUUUCCGUACAUUGGAACCAUUUCAUGACGAGUGCAAACAAUAGUCCAUGUGGUAUUGA